AUGGCCGCCGCCGCCGCCGAUGAUAUGCACGAACUUGAUGUCGCUGUCGGCCCGGGAGCUGGAGGUGAAGUAGAAGUUAGAGAUAGUCCUCAGGUGUACAUCACCCGUCUCAUUGAAGGGCUGAUUGUGCGAGCUGCACUUUUGGAGGACGAGCUCACAUGCGGCAAGCACCGGGAGUUGAAGCUGCGCGAGCUCUUGCGCUUAACGGAGUUUCUCCUCAACGAGUAUAAGGACCUUUACUUCCAGGCAAACAACACCCUCGAGAACAUCUACGCCCAGUUGGAGAACAUGCAAAGGGACUGCGUGUGUCAUGGUGGAUUCCAUAGGCUCUUCAGAGCACGUUCUCGUUAG